CUGGUUAUCUGUCAGCUAGCUGCUAGUAGCAGCUGCCAAAAGUGAGCUGUCCAUACGGCUGAGAGGCAAAACUUGACCGACUUUGAGACAUUUUCUCUUUCUGCUGCUCGAUUAUAUAUUCUUUUUGAAACGCCGAUGGAUUUGUUUACAUCAUAAUGCAGCACAUGCUGGUACCGAGGCAGGGAAACUAGCUAACAUCAGCUAACUUAGCUAGUCGGCGAGAUAUACACAUAUAUAGCAGAGAGAGAGGAGUGGGCUGAGAGACCGGGCCCGCCUCAGACUAAAGUGCCGGUGGCAGCUGCAGAGCAAGAAGUUUGACAAGGGCCUGUUUGCUACUCCGCUGCCGGGACACAAAAAGGCCGACCGGGUGUUAGAGAGGCCGGAGGAGGAGAGCAGCAGUGUGCUGUUACCGGAGACAGCGGAACGCAUCGGGAGUUUCGGAGUAUCUGGCCUCGGUUGUGACACUUUUCUCCGACAAGAGAGAGGAAGAGGAACGGUAUGGAAAUGAACUGUGACGGUACGUGUCUGUGUCAUAUCCCCCAGCUGUGAAUUACUUCGCGAGACAUUAGUCCAGCACUUAGUUUUAUCUGGGAGCAGACAGGCUUGACGCAGAUAGUCAACAUGUCGAAAAUGCCAGCAAAGAAGAAAAGUUGUUUCCAGAUCACUAGUGUAACGCAGGCUCAGGUGGCGGCCAGCAGCAUCACCGACGACACCGAGAGCCUGGACGAUCCGGACGAGUCCCGCACAGAGGACGUGUCGUCGGAAAUAUUUGACGUUUCUCGGGCCGAUCUGGGGGUGUGUGACAGGAGUUCAUCCGAGGAAACCUUGAACAAUGUUGGGGAGACGCAGGAGGGCCAGCCGCCCACCACGGGUCCUGUCAACGGGGGACUCUCUUAUAAAAGUUUAGGCACUGGUCGUGUCACCCCACAAAAUUUAGGAGGAAGUGUGCCUGUGCCAGCUACAGCUCAACCCUUUGUUCCAAGCUCAGCCACCCAUCCCUUGACAGUCAUCAAUACGGCCCCUGCUGCCACCAUCUCUACCAGUGUGGCUCCCACAGCUCCUGUUAACAGCUGUAGUUCCCGUUUCAGGGUCAUUAAACUUGACCAUGGUACCGGAGAGCCCUUCAGACGGGGCAGGUGGACAUGCACUGACUUCUAUGAGAGAGAUUCAGAUUCAAAUGUUAAUCGGACUGUGGAUAGCAUAAGACCAUCUGUAACCCUUGAUCACAGUAUAGACAGGGACAGUGGGCUAGGGGCCACCAGUAACUCUGUAGUCACUAGUAGUGCUUUUUCUGCACAUGCCUCAGAGAACACCGCUGAUAGUGGUUACUCUGCCGGGCACACCGCCCAUGCCCACCCUUCAGAGCUUCAGCAGCAAGGCUACAGCUUGGCUCCUCAGAUAGGGAGUGGAGCAAGUGCCUUCCAGCCCACAGGGUACACAACUACAGCGUCACAGCAACCACAACAGGCUCAGGUCAAUAUGCAGCCUGUUGCUCCCCAAACCUUCCUCUCCAACAGCCUCAACGGUGUGCACCCAGGUGCCAUGCAGAAGUCCCCCAUUAUGCCUCCUGCCACGCAGCCCCAGCAGUUUGCCUAUUCUUCUCAUCCCACUGGCCUCUCAGCUGGCCAGCCGGACUAUCGUCAGCAGCACUUUGGCUCAAGCACUCAGAACCUUCCCAUGACAACCCUCCCUGUGGUGCCAAGCAGCCAGGUACCCCCGCCACUAAUCACCCCCGCUGGUCCAGGAGUCCAGGGGCUGGGCGGAGAGGCAGCCUCAGCCCAGGGCCUCCUGCUACAAGUGAGCAAUGCACAAGCCAUUGCCUCCAUCCAUCCAACAAGUGGCCAACAGCAGCCUGUCAGCCAGACUCAGCCUUCAGGAGGGAUAGGCAUUGCCCCCGCACCUUCCGUCACCAACACAACCUCCCACAGCGGUGUUCAGAACGUGCCUGCCACAGUGCCCAGUACCACCAACACCCCUCCGGGUGUGCCAAGUCAGGCGCCUGGCACAGGAGGACUUGUCCACCCCCAGGGAGCCCAUGGAGGAGCCACAGCAGGCUUCAGUAACCAGGCAGAGGAUGGUAUCCAGAAGUCUGAUGCCCUGCCUCAGCCCAGUGCUGGUGUGGUGCCAGGGAAAGAUGGUGUAAAGCCUUUCAUCAGUGAUGGCCUCAACCUGCCCACUCCUGCUGUCAACAAUCUAUUUGGCAUCCAUAUUACCAUGGAUGUGGAUGAGGACAGUGCAUCCGGAGCCAGUGUUGUUGCCAUCGAUAACAAGAUUGAGCAGGCAAUGGACUUGGUGAAGAGCCACCUGAUGUAUGCUGUUCGUGAGGAGGUGGAGGUGUUGAAGGAGCAGAUCAAGGAGCUGUACGAGAGGAAUUCAGUGCUGGAGCGCGAGAACGCCGUGCUGAAGUCGCUGGCCAACACGGAGCAGCUGAACCAGCUGUCCAAUCAGCUCACCCAGGGCAGCAGCACAUCGCCUCCGCUGCAGCAGCAACACCCGCUCAUCACCAGCAACAACACCCCCUUGGCGCACCACGACGGGAGUCAGAGCGUCCCUCAUCAGCCCAACAUCACCUCGGCGUGAUCCCCCUUCCCUCAGUUCAUACGCGCAAACACACCUUCCACGGACAGGAGUGGAAGAUCCUGUUAGAAAAAGACAACAACUACUACCGUCCCCUUAGCUCCAUAAAGCAAAAGGCUCGGCUCUGCGUUCAGUAUGUUCCAUUUUAGGAAAAAUCAACAGCGACAUCUUUGUUUGCCACCAAGAGCCAUGCUUCAGUGUGUGCACGCUGCCGUCACCGGGCCUUCACAUUAUUAAGACAUUUACCACCCCUUGAAACGUCUUAUUCUGGCCCUGUGUUUGGCUGUAGGAAAGCUGAAGAAGGAAGGAGGGGCAGGGGAGCCGGUGCGCACCAUAAAACUGCAUGCCGUUCUUGUGCAGGAGAUGGGGGUCAAAGGGCAAAGAGAGCUUGAUUUGUUGGGGCAACAAGUGGUGGAAGAGGACGGUGCCUCUGUGAGGGGCCAGUGUGGCGACGAGGGUCCUGUAAAAAAACAUCCAGCAGGGACUGUCCUUCCCAGUAUCUCUACCCCACAUCACUCCAGCGCUGGAAGAGGCCAGAGAACCGAGGGAGAAGUGGGGGAGAGGGUUCGGCUUCCCUGAGCAGAGGAGGACGCCAGCGGGCGCCUCAGCUUGAGCGGAGCGAGUCGAGCGCCUUGGCUUGUUAUAUGCUGCAACAAAAGCUUGCGUUGUUUUCUCAGAGCCACCGUACUUUGACAUGAAUCAUAAUACUUUUUCAUUAGUUCAGUUUUAGUAUUUGCAUUUAUUUAUUUCAGGGCUGCUAUUUUCAUAAUGUAAAUGAACAAUGUCAUGGAGAUACUUAUUAAAAACAAAAAAGAAACCUUUCUCUUUGGUCUUUUGGUAUUUUAGAAUCUGUCAGGUAUAAAAUUUGGUAGUCUCUUGCAACAAGUAGAUCUCAAUAAGUAGGCAAUAAGUUCCAUAAUAGAAAUUUUUCUUUUCAUGAAAUAGUGCUAACACUAAAGCCGAGCUUGCAUUAGGUGGGAGCCAGGUUGAAUGUAUAUUUUGUAAAGUGUAAAGUAUUAAGAGCGAGGGAGGAGGGUUUGUACAGGAGAACCAAGAUAUGAAAUAUGUGAUGGGAUGUUUCGAUAAAGAAAACUAUUAAAUAACUUUCUAGACUUUCUUUGUCAAAACAAAAAAUAGAAAUGAAUUUGGGGGUUUGGUUGUGGGGAUGAAAAGCUGUGAAAAUUGUUCGACCUACUUUAUAACCAAAGACACAAAGCUGUGUAAGUUUUUUUUUUUUUUUUUUUUUUUUUUUUUUUUUUUUUUUUUUCUUUCUCCCAUUUUUAAAUGCACACUCGUAUUUUUUUCUACUCUCUCCAUCCCUAUAUUUUGUUGCUGUUUUGCAUGUUCUGCAUGAUCUAUAAUCAAACCACUUUCUUACCUCAUGUUUUUAUCCAGCACUCUUAUUUUUCUGUCAAGUUGUCAGUCUGUGAAUGAUUGUGAGAGGAUUUAUGAAAGCGAAAGAACAAUGGGCAGAGAGGGUGGAGUAAGUAGUCGAGGGUGAGAAUUAAAAAAAGAAAAAAAAAAAGAAAAAGAAUGGAAAGGCAUUAGUGUUGGCUGGAGGAAGGGGCCUUCCAUUAGUCAGAAAAGGAGCCAUCUUUUGUUUUCAUGUGUUGAAUUUCAUAUGCAGAGAAAAGAUUUUGUUACAUUGCAAAUUUUAAUGUAUUUAAUGAAUGCAGCAUUUAGAUUUCGAUUGUAGUGUACCAACACUUUGCUAACAAAGGAAAAAAAAAUAACAACUAGACGACAAUAUCUUCAAAACAAAACAAUGGAAACUAUUAAAUAUUUCACACUUUAAAGCUGGAACCCAGUCGAUUGUGUAUGAGCAUAUUAUGGGAUGUCCUGUCUGUGUCACGUCUUUGUGCCUCCUGUGCCGUCGUCUGCUGUCGUCAGGCGAUCCGGUUUCUUUCUCUGUGGCUUAGAACCAAACCAAAAUGCUUGGUAAUUGUACAAUCAGUCAUCUUUCUACAGGAUGGACUCUUUAAUUUCCCACUUUUUUCUGUUUGCAAAUGGGCUCAUUUCUUCUCUGUUUAGAGUUGUUUUCUUUCUGUUUUUCUUUUUGUUUUGAAGGAGAUGCCGUGUACAUGCCAAGUGUACUGUAUGAAAGUGAUCACUGAGCCUUGGAGAAAAUAUCUUAACAAUGCCCUUGUAAUGUGCUGUUCAGACGAUUUUAGUUUUCAGUCAGAAAUAAAUUACUGUUUUAUUAAGA